AGAAAAAGCAAAAGCAAAAAAGAGAAACAACUCCGAGGACCCGCACUCUGAAAGAGAGAGAGAGAGGGAGAGACAGGCAGAAGAAGUGACCGGACAGAGCGAGUGUAGUGCGGUUACAAUGUGCGUGAUGAUGCGUGGAUAGAGGAGCUCGCAGAGCGCAGGUUUGGAGGGCGGUGGAGGCGCACAGACAGAGAGAGACACAGAGAGGAGAUAAGCGACAGUGAAGCCUACACACGCAGCCUGAAAACGACGUGCGAUGGAGGACCUGGGAGAGAUGGACUGCCCGGUGCUGAAGCGGCUCCUGAAGGACGACAGCGCCAAGUGCCUGCUGCUGGACUGCCGCUCCUUCCUCGCCUUCAGCGCGGGCCACAUCCGCGGAGCCGUCAACGCCCGCUGUAACACAAUCGUCCGCCGCAGGGCCAAGGGCUCCGUGCUGAGCUUGGACCAGAUACUGGCUGGUGACGAGGAAGUCCGGAGUCGCCUCCGCUCCGGGAUGUACUCUGCCGCUGUACUGUACGAUGAGAGGACGCCUGACUCGGACACGGUUAAGGAGGACAGCACACUGACUGUGGUGCUCAACGCGCUUUGCAGGGACUCCUCCGGCACACACAUAUACCUGCUGAAAGGUGGCUACGACAGGUUUUUCACAGAGUACCCAGAGUUUUGUUUAAAGACCAAAUCCUUACCACCCCUCACCAGCCAGUCCAGCAUCGAGUCUUCAUGCUCGUCUUGUGGGACACCACACCAUGACCAGGGCGGCCCGGUCGAGAUCCUCCCGUUCCUUUACCUUGGCAGCGCCCUCCACGCCUCAAAGAAAGAUGUUUUGGACGGCAUAGGAAUCUCUGCUUUGCUGAAUGUGUCCGCUGACUGUCCCAACCACUUUGAGGGGACAUACCAGUACAAAUGUAUUCCUGUGGAGGACAACCAUAAAGAAGACAUCAGCUGCUGGUUCCUUGAGGCUAUUGAGUUUAUAGAUUCAGUACGGGACUCUAGUGGGCGAGUGCUGGUCCACUGUCAAGCGGGCAUCUCCCGCUCCGCCACCAUAUGCCUGGCCUACCUGAUGAAGAGGAAGCGGGUUCGACUGGAUGAAGCCUUUGAGUUUGUGCGCCGGCGUCGCAGCAUCAUCUCCCCCAACUUCAGCUUCAUGGGCCAGCUUCUGCAGUUCGAGUCACAGCUCCUCGCCACCUCGUGCGCUGCCGAAGCUGCCGCCACAGCCAGCCCACUGCUCGGACCCAAAUCCUCCACGAGCACCACAUCGACUUCAACCACACCCACCUCUCCGUUCAUUUUCAACUUCCCAGUUUCUGUGGUGAACUCGGCCUACCUUCACCACAGCCCGAUAACGACCUCUCCGGGCUGCUGAUGGAUAGCCCCUUGCAGCUUUAACCCAACAAACUAACUGAGCACAGACUGGGCUGUCAUUGGCUGGAAGAGCUGUCAGUCUCACUGACCGCUGCACAUGCUUCCAGGGUGGGGUGGUGAGAUGCGUCAUGGUGCCUGAUUCAAAACUCAAAGGACUGGUAAAAAAAAAAAAAAUGUUUUUAAAGUUCAGAAACCAGCCAACGCUCCUUCCAUUUUAAGAUUUAUUGAAACUGACCAAAAAUGAACUGGCUUUCAAAACUUGUUUCAGUUCAGACGGAGUGUUGGACUGAUGUUUACCCAAGAUACACCUUCUUCCUCGAAACAACAUGCACAGAGACACACUGACACACAAACACUGACACAGAGAGGCACGAGCAGCAACAAACACACUCUCUCUCUCUCUCUCUGCCUCACACACACACACACACACACGUUCAUGACUACCAACUGAAUAAGCUCAGUAUGAAGACAGGGUCUGUUGCUAUGGAGACAACAGGUCUUUAGGAGAGGAGAUGGACACAGGAAGGAAGGAGGAAUUUUAAGCACCCACUCUUUCCCCUUUGGGUGUCCCUCCUGUUGCCGGACAAAAGAGAUGGAUGGAAAAAAGAGGAGAGGAGACGGUGAUAGAAAGCAGGAGCCUCUUCAGUGACAGGUGCUCUGCCGGCGUUCCGACCGGAGCUUCCUGUCUUUCAUACGUCCUCUUCCUCUCUCUGUCUCUCCCCCACACACCUUCCUCUCAUCUCCUUUUCAUCCUUUUAUAUUCCUUGUCUCCUCCUCCUCCUCCUCCUCUCUGCCUCUAAUCUCAUCCACCCCAUCUCCUCUGCUCCUCAUCUCCUCACUGAAGAGAGGCUAAAUAAAUAAAAUAAGAUGCCAAAUAAAGGCCAGGGCCCUCUUAAACAACCUGGGGAAAACCCAGUUGCAGGCCCCUCAUACACACUGUAGGAAAUCCCUUCUGCUGCCGUUCAUUUAAAAAAAAAGUAGUUUUAGAUCAGAGGGAAACUUUGGAGCACAGUGGCUCUGAAAGACAGUCACUUAAAGGACCAUGCUGGUGGUUUGGUAUGUUUUAAUCCACUAUUGAUACUUCAUUGUUAUCUGUUAAUUAUUUUCCAAAAUGUACAUAACUCUUAACAAAUUAUUUCUGUUCUUUUCUGCAAGUUUUUUUUAAAUAGCGAACUUAAAAGAAAAACUGAAGACACUGGUCUCAAUAGGAUGUUUUGCAAAAUGGUUGGUUUGUUUUAGUCGGUGGGCUAAAAUUGAACAUCACCAUCAAAUGGUCCUUUAAGAUGUUUGUGCCUUGUUCAUAAAGGUAUCCCAUGGAUUUAGGCCUUCCUGGAUUUGCCAGUGGACAAAAUACUUUUAGCUGCUAGAAAGCAGAUUGCUGAAUGUUGGUCAGACUUUAAAAAAAAAAACAAUCUCAGCAUUUCAGCUGGGCAAGCUCCUCUCCUCAUCACCGCUCACGCACAUUCACAGAUGGACACAAACACAUAAUAUGCUGUAUUCAAGUAGGUGCGACUCCAUAUUUGGUGUCAGGCUCACAGUGAAUUCCGCCUUUUUGAAACGGGAUUUCUUCAGGCUGACAAAACCAUAAAUAUGGACUUUUAAACAUACAAAUGAAAUACUGAAAAUUUGAUAUCUUGAAUUUAAGCGAAUUGGAGGAAUUUUAGGGGGCAAUAUUUUCAUGAUCUUUUCACAGAUCCACCUGCUGUAGCUGGAUUUUCAAAACCAGGACAUCCAAAUGUGGGUGUUUUUAAACUCUGCUUACCAAACAUCAGGGACCAUCAGUGUUGUUCCUUGUGAAGGAAAUCCAGGUUAAAAUAAAACACAAUCACUUAUUGAUUUCAGUUUAUAAAUCCAUCUCGAAACAAGAAAUGAUGGCGGAAAAAUAAGAAAGCUUAUGCUCCAUUCAAUGUACAUCUGAACACAUGUUCAACACAAGUAAAACUCUUCUCUGUUUUUUUGAAGGUUGUCCACAGUUCUCUCUGUAGCACUUUGAAGUCAUGCAAUACUGUACUUAAUGUCAAACCUUCAUCAUACCACAAUUUCAGACAAUGUUUGUAUUGCUUUUGCUUUUGACCAGACUAAGCUCUACACCCUGUGCUAGACAUCCAAAGGCACAAAGUCCAAACUUGGUUGCUUUUUUACCCGGGUCCUGAUGUAGACACAAAAACAAACAAACACACACACACACACACACUUUCAAAGAAAACAAACCUUUCUCUGUUUUUGAAGAUUGUUGGCACCUAUCUCUGUAGCACUUUGAAGUGAUGCAAUACUGUAUUUAUAAUUUAUGAUUGAUUAAUACAUCAUGAUGAUGGGAUACUGACUUUGCAUAGAGACAUUUUGUCCAUGUAGAGAGAGAGAGAGAGCGAGAGAGAAAAGAGAGCCAAUCAGUGAAAAACGCAAUACUUUGUACACAUGUAUGGAACCUGUCUGUCUGUCAGCCUGUCUGCCUCUCUGUGUUAGUCCAUCUAUCUUGACUGUCUCUCUGUCUGGUCAAAGCUGUUGAUCCAUCAUGGCAAUAUCAAUCCUCCACUUGGACAUUUAUAUAGGAAAAAAAAAAACUUUCCCUCAGUCCCUCUAUUGUGGAAUGAAUGAUCUGUGCAUUUAUUUAUUACUGAAGAUCCACUGUUGAAUAAACAAUGUUCUUAAUUAA